GAGGCUGUCAGGAGGUCGCCAUAUUUCUGUACGGCCAGGAGGACGCCCAGGCUGUCGGUGGGUCGCGAGAGGUGCUAACAGGGCGGGGCCACCGCUCAGCUCUGCCGGCCUCACCCCUCCCGCCCGGGACAGGUGGCUGGAGCGCGCCCCGCCCCCGCCAGCUGCGGGUGGGAGCGAGGGAGGGCCGGCCCGGACGGCCGCCGCCAGCUGCGAGUGCGAGUGAGUGAGCUCCAGCCUGGGACGGCCGGGCGAGUAGUCUAGAAGCAGCAACCAAGUAUCGUGGCGGCCAAAAAAAUGCUCCUGUACCGAGGGGCCCCCGUGGGCCCUGGCGCGCCGGGCAGCGGGUUGGCCCGGCCAGGCGGCAACCCGCAGGCAUUUGGGAUCCGCCUGAGCACGAUGAGCCCCCGCUAUCUACAGAGCAACUCCAGCAGCCACACGCGACCCUUCAGUGCCAUCGCGGAGCUGCUAGAUAAUGCUGUAGAUCCAGAUGUAUCUGCCAGGACGGUCUUUAUAGAUGUUGAGGAGGUCAAGAAUAAAUCUUGUUUGACCUUUACUGAUGAUGGAUGUGGAAUGACGCCUCAUAAAUUACACCGAAUGCUCAGCUUUGGCUUUACAGAUAAAGUAAUAAAGAAGAGCCAGUGUCCCAUCGGGGUCUUUGGUAAUGGUUUCAAGUCAGGCUCCAUGCGGCUAGGAAAGGACGCUCUUGUCUUCACCAAGAAUGGGGGUACUCUCACUGUUGGACUCCUAUCACAGACCUACCUGGAAUAUGUCCAGGCCCAGGCAGUUAUUGUGCCAAUUGUUCCAUUCAACCAGCAAAACAAAAAAAUGAUUAUUACUGAGGAUUCCUUGCCCAGCCUAGAAGCCAUCUUGAACUAUUCAAUUUUCAACAGUGAAAAUGACCUGCUGUCCCAGUUUGAUGCCAUCCCAGGCAAAAAAGGCACUCGUGUUCUCAUUUGGAACAUCCGCAGAAAUAAAGAUGGAAAGUCUGAGUUGGACUUUGAUACAGAUCAAUUUGACAUCCUGGUAUCAGACUUUGGCACAGAAGAAAAAGAGACUGGUGGUGUUACCUCUGAACUGCCAGAAACAGAGUAUUCUUUACGGGCAUUUUGUGGUAUUCUGUAUAUGAAGCCAAGAAUGAAAAUUUUUCUACGUCAAAAGAAGGUGACUACCCAGAUGAUUGCCAAGAGCCUGGCCAAUGUAGCAUAUGAUAUAUAUAAACCUACCUUCACAAAUAAGCAGGUGAAAAUAACUUUUGGGUUCUCUUGCAAGAAUAAUAACCAGUUUGGAAUAAUGAUGUAUCACAACAACCGACUCAUAAAGCCCUUUGAGAAGGUGGGAUGCCAGGUGAAGCCAACUCAUGGAGAAGGUGUGGGAGUAAUUGGAGUCAUUGAGUGCAAUUUCUUAAAACCUGCCUACAACAAACAAGACUUUGAGUACACCAAGGAGUACCGGUUGACAAUAAAUGCCCUUGCCCAGAAACUCAAUGUUUAUUGGAAGGAAAAGACUUCCCAAGAGAACUUUGAAACCUCAGCUAUAGCCAGGAUAAUACCGAAGAUUCCUGACCAGACGUGGGUACAGUGUGAUGAGUGUCUUAAAUGGAGGAAGCUUCCUGGGAAGGUUGAUCCUUCUACAUUACCUGCAAGAUGGUUUUGUUACUAUAAUUCCCAUCCAAAGUACAGGAGAUGCUCUGUUCCAGAGGAACAAGAACUCAUGGAUGAAGACCUGUACUUGAGCAAAGCUAAGAAACAAGAUCAAACUGUUGAGAAGAAGAAGGUGCCAUUGGAAAAUGAGGACCACCAGGUAUUCACUAAUCCACUGACGAUCCCUACUAUUCAAGACAUGGAUGAAUUAAAUAAUCAAACAAUUGGAUAUGAAGAAAUUGAUAGCCCUAGCCGGUUUCCAUCUGUUGGAGAAGGAAGCAAAACACCUCCUCUUCAACUUAAGCCUCUGGAUUCCAGUGUUUUCCAAUUUUCCAGUAAGUACAAAUGGAUCCUAGGUGAGGAACCUGUGGAGAAACGAAGAAGGCUCCAGAAUGAGAUGACAACACCUCUAGAUUAUUCCAUGCCUGGCUCUUAUAGGAGGGUAGAGGCAGCUGUUGCCUACCCAGAAGGAGAGAACAGCCAUGAUAAAUCCAGUUCUGAGAGAAGCACACCACCAUAUCUUUCCCCAGAAUACCCAGAUGCAAGCAAAAGUACCAGUCAAAGUAGGGAGGCUUCAGUUCUGUAUUCAGGAGCCCAAGAACAUCAGGGAUCCCUGCUCCCUGAAGAAUUAGAAGAUCAGAUGCCAAGAUUGGUAGCAGAAGAAUCUAACAGAGGUAGCACAAACAUAAACAAGGAAGAAGUAAACAAGGGACCUUUUGUAGCUGUUGUUGGUGUUGCAAAAGGCAUUCGAGAUUCAGGAGCUCCCAUUCAACUGAUCCCUUUUAACCGAGAGGAGCUUGUCGAGAGAAGAAAAGCAGCUGAAUCCUGGAACCCAAUGCCUUAUCCUACAGUGGCUUCUGCUACAAGUCCUGCUGCAGCCGCUGGGGAGAAAGGAAAAGGCUAUGAGGAAAGUGGAGGUCAUAAUACACCAAAGUUGAAGAACCAAAGAGAGUUGGAAGAACUGAAAAGAACCACAGAAAAAUUGGAACGUGUUCUAGCGGAAAGGAAUUUGUUCCAGCAAAAGGUGGAGGAGCUGGAACAGGAGAGGAAUCACUGGCAUUCUGAAUUCAAGAAAGUUCAACAUGAAUUGGUGACCUACAGUACCCAGGAAACGGAAGGCUUGUAUUGGAGCAAGAAACACAUGGGUUAUCGCCAAGCUGAAUUCCAGAUUCUGAAAGCUGAGCUGGAAAGAACCAAAGAGGAAAAGCAAGAACUAAAAGAGAAACUGAAGGAGACAGAGACACACCUGGAAGUGCUGCAGAAGGCUCAGGUCUCCUACCGGACCCCAGAGGGAGAUGACCUAGAAAGGGCUUUGGCAAAGCUUACGCGGCUGCGUAUCCACGUCAGCUAUCUCCUUACUUCUGUCCUCCCUCACUUGGAGCUUCGUGAGAUCGGGUUUGACUCAGAACAAGUGGAUGGGAUCCUGUAUACGGUGCUGGAGGCAAAUCACAUACUGGAUUGAACACUAGACUAUAUGCUCUAUCUACCCCUUUCUCAUCUUUCUUUCAUCUCCCUCUUCUCUUCUCUUCUCUUCUCUUCUCUUCUCUUCUCUUCUCUUCUCUUCUCUUCUCUUCUUUCUCUUCUCUUCUCUUCUCUUCCUU